AGGAUUUGUUCGGGUGUGGCAUUGUAAUGUGAGAGACUCGCAAUGGCGUUCGACCUCAGGUCCCUACAAGUGAUCCCUGCUCGCCCAAGCCAGUCGUUAGUACUUCGGAGAGAUCCACAUUGCUGUACGCCGUUUACCUGA